AAAAGAGAGAGAGAGAGAGAGAGGGUAUUUAACCAUUUUUGGCUACAAAUUAUAUUUUGGUAACAGAUCAAAUUGAGAGUAAACCCUAGAAAAAGAAGAGAGAGAAUCAUGACGACGGGAGAUCUGGUGAAUAUCCAUCCUACAGAGCUUAAGUUCCCUUUUGAGUUGAAGAAGCAAAGCUCGUGCUCGUUGCAAAUUAGCAACAAGACUGGUACUCAAGUUGUCGCAUUUAAGGUUAAGACAACUAAUCCUCGCAAAUACUGUGUCCGACCAAACACAGGUGUUGUCUUACCCGGUGAUUCCUGCAAUGUUACAGUGACGAUGCAAGCCCAGAAAGAGGCACCUCUCGAUAUGCAAUGCAAAGACAAGUUCCUUGUUCAGUCUGUUAUCGUCUCUGACGCUACUACUUCCAAAGAUGUCCUCGCUGAAAUGUUCAACAAGGAGCCUGGUAGAGUGAUUGAGGAUUUCAAAUUGAGGGUUGUUUACAUCCCUGCUAAUCCCCCUUCACCUGUCCCUGAAGGCUCUGAAGAAGGCAACUCUCCAAGGACCGACUUUCCUGCCUCUCAAUUUGAUGACCACGUGUCCAGAACGCUAGAAGAAACAAAUGAGAAAUCCUCCGAGGCAUGGUCCAUGAUUCACAAGUUGACGGAGGAGAAGACUAGUGCUGUCCAGCAAAGUCAGAAGCUCCGACAGGAACUGGAGAUGCUGAGGAGAGAAUCAAGCAACAAGCAGUCUGGUGGUGGUCAUUCCUUGGUGUUGAUGCUGUUGGUGGGUCUACUCGGCUGUGUGAUUGGAUACAUCUUGAACGUCCGGUCCGGACAUACUUAAACUGAAAAUGUGGGGUUAGGUUCAUCAUCCUAUUUUCAUUGUCUGCAAAGCGCUUAUUUUCCCCAAAUUUUCUUCUGUUUUUUUCUUUUUUCUUUUCAAAAUGAUCAUUUACUUUUUUUGGGGGUUUCCUUUAUUUUAAGCUGUAAAAUCAGUAGUAGAUGUAGAGGUGAUUUUGCGGCACAUCUCUAGUAGUAAUUAAGCAUUUAGGUUAGUAA